AUGCUCGUACCUCUGCUUCUAGCGUUGACAGCUGUAGUGUGCGUCCUACUCUUUGGUGAUCUUCCAGUGUUUCGAAACACCUUCAUCUUUGUAUUGCACUCAAAGAUUACCCACAUUUUGGGUAACAGUGUCUCAACGCUAAGAUUCCUCGAUUCGCACUAUUGCAACGGAAACCUGCGUUGCAUAGCUCGUUUUGCAAGAUGGACUAUACCGGCCUUCUACAUCAUAGUCUACUCCUCAGCUCUGUGGCUUUUUGCGAAGAACACGUUGCCGCUAUUACAAAACAGACAUCUCAUUGUCGUCAUUCCCUCUGUCCUAAUAAAUUACUACACGUUUUUCAUGGCUGUGCUGCUCGAUCCGGGGUCAAAACCAACAUGCGUUUUUCCAUUUGACGAGUUGAUAUACACUCCUUCGACUUGUCGGACAUGCAAAACCCUGAAACCAGCACGAAGCAAACACUGUUCCACUUGCAACCGCUGUGUCCAGCUAUUUGAUCAUCACUGCGUUUGGCUGAACAAUGAUGUUGGCUACUACACCUAUCGCUACUUUCUGGCCUUCCUGUUAUCAAAGGUCUGGACGUUCGCAUAUGGGGCAUAUUUGUGCUGGAGCGCACUAGCUACCACUCCACGCAUGUUUUGGCAUACAGUAACGAAAACGAACCCCACCAAUAAAGUUUCCGGAGCUCUAUUUUUAUUGUGCAUUUUAUUGCUGCCAUUGGUAGCAAUAUUUUUAGCAGAACAUCUGCGGUACAUUUACUUGGGGGUCACCACCAACGAGACUGCUAAAUGGGACUAUAUUCGGUACUUAUUUGAACAUCGCCUAUUGUACAGAGCUGACACUGAAGAUGGUUGUAAAUACAUCAUCGCCAAUGAGACAGGAUACACCACUUUGAGCGGCGCUCAAAUUUAUGCCCUUGAACCUAAAUUGGUCCGUUCCUGGAACGACCUACAAAAUGUUUACGACAAUGGGUUCAUUUUGAACCUCGUUGAACGAGUUUUUCCAAAAGCUUUAUAA